AACAACUUGCGAUAAAUUUUCUUAAUUAACAAUUUUUCUAUUUGUAAUUGAGGAAUGCGGAGUAAGGACGUGAUGAAGAUAUGUUUGUCAAAGUCGUAGUGUAGGACUCAGAAAGAGAGAGAGGAGAGAAACAGUAGCUAAAAGAGAAUGGGGUUGCUAUGGACAAUUGCAGAGGUCUUGGUAGCCUUGAUCUUGAUCAUAGCCUCGUUCUUGCUUACCGCAAUCGUAUCGGAAGCUUAUAGGAGAAGACACAAUAACACGCAUGUUGAUGCUCAUGCUAUCUUCGAGGAUCCAAAUUCCUUGAAACAGGUUCCAUGUCCUCAUAUUCAUGAUCCGGCUGAGAAAUAUUUAUCUUUGGUUAUCCCUGCAUUUAAUGAAGAGUAUAGACUUCCAGGAGCUCUUGAUGAAACCAUCAAUUAUCUUCAACAGCGUGCAGCAAAGGACAAGUCAUUUACUUAUGAGGUGGUGAUCGUUGAUGAUGGAAGUGCUGAUGCAACAAAACGAGUAGCUUUUGACUUUGUAAAGAAAUACACAGUGGACAAUGUAAGGAUUAUCCUUCUUGGUAGAAAUCAUGGCAAAGGAGAGGCGAUUAGAAAAGGCAUGCUUCAUUCACGUGGUGAACUACUUUUAAUGCUGGAUGCUGAUGGGGCAACCAAGGUUGCUGACUUAGAGAAACUAGAAAACCAGAUCCAUGCAGUUGCUAGAAAGGAGUUCUGUUUAGGAGAGUCAGCAGCUAGUGAUUCAAGUUUUAGAAUAUCUGAUAUGCCACUUGCUGCCUUUGGUUCCCGUGCUCACCUUGAGGAGAAGGCUUUGGCUACAAGGAAGUGGUACCGCAAUUUUCUUAUGAAAGGCUUUCAUCUUGUGGUUCUCUUGACUGCUGGUUCUGGAAUUCGUGAUACACAGUGUGGUUUUAAGAUGUUCACCAGGGCUGCUGCCAGAAAGCUGUUCACAAACAUCCGGCUGAAGAGAUGGUGCUUCGAUGUUGAGUUGAUUUUCCUAUGCAAAUGGUUUGGUAUCCCGAUGAUUGAGAUUUCUGUAAACUGGUCUGAAAUUCCAGGAUCCAAGGUGAAUCUUUUAAGCAUUCCCAACAUGCUCUGGGAGCUAGCGCUCAUGUCCGUGGGAUAUAGAACUAGAAUGUGGAAAAUUAGCAACUGAGACUUUUCAUUUGAUUUUAUUUUUGACAACCGUUGCGAUCUUCCGGGCGUUCUUGGCUCUAGAGUGAUUCUGGCACUUGAUUAGUCAAGCUUAGGGUAUACGAACCAUGGAAUACGCUGUUGCAAUGAACACGAUUCUAACUCUGCGGUUUCAAUCUGUAAUGCUAUUUGUGGAGCACAUCUUUUCAUUCCAUUUAAAGAACAUGAUAUUAUUGUUUCAGAACUUAGAAUCAUAUGAUCAAAUUAUGCAGUUCAUUCAAUCAUAUGAAACUGGGGGAUGUUAGGAGGGUCCCUUUCAUUUUUAUGUAAGUUGGCACACAUCAAGCAUUACGUUUUUGCAGAUUGUAGACAAUUCUGUAAUGAAUGAAACGACGCUCCCCUAUUCUUGUGGCA